GGGGGGCGGGUUUGUUUUUCUUUUAGGGUGAAGGAAGGAAUUUUUUUUUUGAGAGGGUGGAAACUUGCAAAGAAAUACACACAAAAAAAGAGAGAAUAGGGGGUGUGAUGCAUUUGCUGGACAAAAGAGGAGGGGGUUUUAUUUGCACCCCCCCUCUCUAGAAAAUGCACUGCUUGGGGUUGAAAGGUUUGGGGGUUCACUAAUAAAGAAUAUUUGUAGCUCAGGGCUCAAUUGUGGUCGUCCUUGGUGCUCCCUGAGCUUGGCGGUUUUCUCACAGACGUUUCGUGACCUAACUAGAAUGAAAGAGUGGUGGAUCCAAGUCGGCCUGCUGAUGCUGCCCCUGCUUGCCGUUUACCUCCACAUCCCGCCUCCCAAGCUGUCUCCGGCUCUGCAUUCCUGGCGGUCCUCGGGGAGUUUCUUCACCUACAAAACCCACAACAUUUUUUUCAGAGAUUCGCCCGGCGCUGUCGGAAGUUCGGACAUCGUGGUCCUAUUGCACGGAUUUCCGACCUCGAGUUACGACUGGUACAAGAUUUGGGAAGGGCUGACGCAACGAUUUCAUCGUGUGAUCGCGCUGGAUUUCGUGGGGUUUGGCUUCAGCGACAAGCCUCGGCCUCACGCCUACUCCAUCUUCGAACAAGCCAGCAUUGUGGAAACCCUGUUACGCCACCUGGGCCUUCUGAAUCAACGGAUCAACCUCCUUUCGCACGACUACGGAGACACCGUCGCCCAAGAGCUGCUCUACAGGUAUGAGCAGAAUAGAACGGGAUGCGUCCUCAUCAACAGCCUGUGUCUGUCAAACGGAGGCAUCUUUCCAGAAGUUCAUUAUCCCAGAUUCAUCCAGAAGGUUCUCAAAGAUGGCGGACUGCUAUCGGCCAUUCUUACUCGCCUAACGAACUAUUUCAUCUUCACCAAAAGCCUGGGCGAAGUUUUCGGUCCGCACACCCAGCCUUCUGAGGCCGAAUUGUGGGACAUGUGGACAGCCCUGCGAACAAACGACGGAAACCUUGUGGUGGACAGCCUUUUACACUAUAUCAGCCAGCGGAAGCAGCACAGAGACCGUUGGGUCGGAGCAUUGCAAUCCGCCUCGGUUCCCUUACAUCUGAUUUACGGACCACUGGAUCCGGUCAACCCUCACCUGGAAUUUCUUCCGCUUUACAAACAGCUGCUUCCCACGUCGACAGUGACGGUGCUGGAUGACCACAUCAGCCAUUAUCCACAGCUGGAGGAGCCUCAGGGUUUUCUGAACGCGUACUUAAACUUCAUCAACUCCUUCUGAGCCACAAACACGACGGACCGAAACCGUUCCCUCUCUUCUGAGGAGAAUUUUGCACUCUGGAGCAAUAGGAGAAGCGUGGGAAGAGCGGAUGGAAACUCCGGACGACGGUGAAUCAGCCUUUGAAGCGAUCUCUGCGUUGGCGAGUAAAUUGACAGAAUCUAGCCGACGGAUUGGCGGGGACGGUGGUGGAGGGGUCUGAAGCAGUUUGAAGGGAGCCCCCCCCUCCCCCCAAAAAUCCUGCCUCUGGAGGAUGCGGGGGAGAGGAAGACCAGGUGAAUAAGCGAGCAGAAAUGAGGACGGCGCAUCAGAAUCGGGAUGAUAACAGUACAGAUAGUCCUGGACUGACAACAGUUCGUUUAGUGACGGUUGGAAGCUACGACGGCACUGAAAAAAGGGACCCGUGAGCGUUUUUCACACUUAACGACCGUUGUAGCAUCCCCCGUGGUUAAGUGACGCUUGGUACCCGAUUCAUAUUUAAGAUAGUUGUGUCCCAGGUCACGCGAUCACCUUUUAGUACAAACUGCUUUGAAACGCAUCGGAUUUGGUACUCGACGCAUUUUGACGCAAAAACGUUUUGCCCCGGGACCAAUUGUUUAGCACUCGAUUGGCGCACAAGCUCCAGGCAGUCCUUGACUUACGACAACAGAGCCCCAAAUCCCUUGUUGCUAAGUGAGACAUUUGUCAAGUGAGCUUUGCUCCAUUUUUACGACUUUUCUCGUUAAGUGAGUCACCCGGUGGUUAAGUGGAUCCGGCUUUCCCCCCUUGACUUCGCGUGUCGGAAGAUUGCAAGACCCGCAUGCCACGACCCGUCGUCGGUAUGAGUCAGUUGCCAAACGCCUGAAGUUUGAUAAUAGGCAUGCUGGAACAGACGUAAGUGGUGGAAAAACGGUCGUUUUUUCCUGUACCGUCAUAACUUUGAACAGUCACUAAAUGAACCGUUGUAAGCUGAGGACCGCUUCAUGGCACCCUUGAUGAGCUUCGUCUUCUGUAAGUUGGUCUUGCCCAUUUAAAUUGUAAAUUUGGGAACGCAACUAUGCAUUAUAUAAAGACAUUCUUUUGAUUAUU